ACCUCGGGACUGCGGCGUGGACGCGAACGGGCUGUAGCGACCCACGUGACACUCAGGACAGCCGUGGCGGGAAUUCUGUGAGUGGUGCGGUUGUGGGGUCGCUUGGUCUGUGCUCUGUGUCCCCUGCGGACAGUCCCGAGCCGGCCCCUGCGGCCCACCCCGUUGUCGCCCGCCAGCCCGGAAGGAAGUCGGCGUGGGAAGAAGGGUUCCAGCCAGGCCCCGCCCUCUCGCAGCUCUCCGGCUGGAAUUCCUGCCGUGUCGUGGCCUCCCUCGCCGGGCCUUCCUCACCCCGAGUCCGCGGCGUGAUCCCGACUGACUGCCCUCACUCGCCCUGCCUCGGCCGCACUGUAACACUUAGGUGGGCCCCGGCCUCCAUCCAGGCCCUUUGUGUAAAGAAACAUUUGCAAACAUGUCCCGGAUCGAAAAGAUGAGCAUUCUGGGCGUGCGGAGUUUUGGAAUAGAGGACAAAGAUAAGCAAAUUAUCACUUUCUUCAGCCCCCUCACAAUUUUGGUUGGACCCAAUGGGGCAGGGAAGACGACCAUCAUUGAAUGUCUGAAAUACAUUUGUACUGGAGAUUUCCCACCUGGAACCAAAGGAAAUACAUUUGUUCAUGAUCCAAAGGUUGCUCAAGAAACAGAUGUUAGAGCCCAGAUUCGUCUACAGUUUCGUGAUGUCAAUGGAGAACUCUUAGCUGUGCAGCGGUCUAUGGUGUGUACUCAGAAAAGCAAAAAGACAGAAUUUAAAACCCUGGAAGGAGUCAUUACUAGAACAAAGCAUGGUGAAAAAGUCAGUCUCAGCUCUAAGUGUGCAGAAAUUGACCGAGAGAUGAUAAGUUCUCUUGGAGUUUCCAAGUCUGUUCUAAAUAACGUCAUCUUCUGUCACCAAGAAGAGUCUAAUUGGCCUUUAAGUGAAGGAAAGGCUCUGAAGCAAAAGUUUGAUGAGAUUUUUUCAGCAACAAGGUAUAUUAAAGCCUUGGAAACACUUCGGCAGGUACGUCAAACACAAGGUCAAAAAGUAAAAGAAUGUCAAACAGAACUGAAAUAUUUGAAGCAAAAUAAGGAAAAAGCAUGUGAAAUUCGGGAUCAGAUUACUAAUAAGGAAGCCCAGUUAACAUCUUCAAAGGAAAUUGUCAAAUCCUAUGAGAAUGAACUUGAUCCAUUGAAGAAUCGUCUAAAAGAAAUUGAACAAAAUCUCUCUAAAAUAAUGAGACUUGACAAUGAAAUUAAAGCUUUGGAGAGCAGAAAGAAGCAAAUGGAGAAAGAUAAUAGUGAACUGGAACAGAAAAUGGAAAAGGUAUUUCAAGGGACUGACGAGCAACUAAAUGAUUUGUAUCGCAAUCACCAGAGGACAGUAAGAGAGAAAGAGAGGAGAUUGGUAGACUGUCAACGUGAACUGGAAAAAUUAAACAAAGAAUCCAGGCUGCUCAAUCAAGAAAAAUCCGAACUACUUGUUGAACAGGGUCGUCUACAGCUACAAGCAGAUCGCUAUCAAGAACAUAUCCGAGCCAGAGAUUCAUUGAUUCGGUCCUUGGCAACACAGCUAGAAUUGGAUGGCUUUGAGCGUGGACCAUUCAGUGAAAGACAGAUUAAAAAUUUUCAUAAACUCGUGAGGGAAAGACAGGAAGGGGAAGCCGAAACUGCCAACCAGUUGAUGAAUGAUUUUGCAGAAAAAGAGGCUUUGAAACAAAAGCAGAUAGAUGAGAUAAGGGAUAAGAAAAUUGGACUGGGAAGAAUAAUCGAGCUGAAAUCAGAAAUCCUAAGUAAGAAGCAGAGUGAGCUGAAAAAUGUGAAAUAUGAAUUACAGCAGUUGGAAGGAUCUUCAGACAGAAUUCUUGAACUGGAGCAGGAACUCACAAAAGCUGAACGUGAGCUAAGCAAGGCUGAGAAAAACAGCAGUGUAGAAGCCCUAAAAACAGAAGUAAUGAGCCUUCAAAAUGAGAAAGCAGACCUGGAUAGGACCCUGCGUAAACUGGACCAGGAGAUGGAGCAGUUAAACCAUCAUACCACAACACGCACCCAGAUGGAGAUGUUGUCCAAAGACAAAGCUGACAAAGAUGAACAAAUCAGAAAAAUAAAAUCUAGGCACGGUGAUGAAUUAACUUCGUUGUUGGGAUAUUUUCCCAACAAAAAACAGCUUGAAGACUGGCUUCAUAGUAAAUCGAAAGAAAUUAAUCAGACCAGGGAUAGACUUGCCAAAUUAAACAAAGAGCUAGCUUCAGCUGAGCAAAAUAAGAAUCAUAUAAAUAAUGAGCUAAAAAGAAAAGAAGAACAGUUAUCCAGUUAUGAAGACAAGCUCUUUGAUGUUUGUGGUAGCCAGGAUUUUGAAAGUGAUUUAGACAGGCUUAAAGAGGACAUUGAAAAAUCCUCAAAACAGCGAGCCAUGCUGGCUGGAGCCACGGCAGUUUACUCCCAAUUCAUUACUCAGCUAACAGAUGAAAACCAGUCGUGUUGCCCUGUCUGUCAGAGAGUUUUUCAGACAGAAACUGAAUUACAAGAAGUCAUCAGUGAUUUGCAGUCUAAGCUGCGGCUUGCUCCAGAUAAACUUAAAUCAACAGAAUCAGAGCUAAAGAAAAAGGAAAAGCGGCGUGAUGACAUGCUGGGACUUGUACCCAUGAGGCAAAGCAUAGUGGACUUGAGGGAGAAGGAGAUACCAGAACUGAGAAACAAACUGCAGAAUGUCAAUAGAGAUAUACAGCGUCUAAAGAAUGACAUAGAAGAACAGGAAACACUCUUGGGUACAAUAAUGCCUGAAGAGGAAAGUGCUAAAGUAUGUCUGACAGAUGUUACCAUUAUGGAGAGGUUGCAGAUGGAACUUAAAGAUGUUGAAAGAAAGAUUGCACAGCAAGCAGCUAAGCUACAAGGAAUAGACUUAGAUCGAACUGUUCAACAAGUAAACCAGGACAAACAAGAAAAACAACACAAAUUAGAUACAGUUUCCAGUAAGAUUGAAUUGAAUCGUAAGCUUAUACAGGACCAGCAGGAACAGGUUCAACAGCUAAAAAGUACAACAAAUGAACUAAAAUCAGAGAAACUUCAGAUAUCCACUAACUUGCAGCGCCGUCAGCAACUGGAGGAGCAGACUGUGGAAUUAUCCACUGAAGUUCAGUCCUUAUAUAGAGAGAUAAAGGAUGCUAAAGAGCAAGUAAGCCCUUUGGAAACAACAUUGGAAAAGUUUCAGCAGGAAAAAGAAGAAUUAAUCAACAAAAAAAAUAAAAGCAACAAAAUUAUACAGGAUAAACUGAAUGAUAUCAAAGAGAAGGUUAAAAAUAUUCAGAGCUAUGUGAAAGACAUUGAGAAUUAUAUUCAAGAUGGGAAAGAUGACUAUAAGAAGCAAAAAGAAACUGAACUUAAUAAAGUAAUAACUCAACUAAGUGAAUGCGAGAAACAAAAAGAAAAGAUAAAUAAAGAAAUGGGGAUCAUGAGACAAGAUAUUGAUACACAGAAGAUACAAGAAAGAUGGCUGCAGGAUAACCUUACUUUAAGAAAGAGAAAUGAGGAACUAAAAGAAGUUGAAGAAGAAAGAAAGCAACAUUUGAAGGAAAUGGGACAAAUGCAGGUUUUGCAAAUGAAAAAUGAACAUCAGAAGUUAGAAGAAAAAAUAGAAACUAUAAAAAGAAACCACAGUUUGGCAUUAGGGCGACAGAAAGGUUAUGAAGAAGAAAUUAUUCAUUUUAAGAAAGAACUUCGAGAACCUCAAUUUCGGGAUGCUGAGGAAAAGUACAGAGAAAUGAUGAUUGUUAUGAGAACCACAGAGCUUGUGAACAAGGAUUUGGACAUUUAUUAUAAGACCCUUGAUCAAGCAAUAAUGAAAUUUCAUAGCAUGAAAAUGGAAGAAAUCAAUAAAAUUAUUCGUGAACUGUGGCGAAAUACUUAUCGCGGACAAGAUAUUGAAUACAUAGAAAUUCGGUCUGAUGCUGAUGAAAAUGUAUCAGCUUCUGAUAAAAGGCGGAAUUACAACUACCGAGUGGUGAUGCUAAAGGGAGACACAGCCUUGGAUAUGCGGGGACGAUGCAGCGCCGGACAAAAGGUCUUAGCCUCACUCAUCAUUCGCCUGGCCCUGGCUGAAACAUUCUGCUUGAACUGUGGCAUCCUUGCCUUGGAUGAGCCAACAACAAAUCUUGACCGAGAAAACAUAGAAUCUCUUGCGCAUGCUCUGGUUGAGAUAAUAAAAAGCCGCUCACAGCAGCGUAAUUUUCAGCUUCUCGUAAUCACCCAUGAUGAAGAUUUUGUGGAGCUUUUAGGACGUUCUGAAUAUAUGGAGAAAUUCUACAGGAUUAAGAAGAACAUGGAUCAGUGCUCAGAGAUUGUGAAAUGCAGUGUUAGCUCCUUAGGAUCUUAUGUUCAUUAAAAACGCUCAAAAUUUAAAUGCCAUAGAAACACAGAUUCUUAGGCAACUGCUUAUUUCUGGUAUCAGCUGAGUCAGAAAUAAAAUAUAUUCUUAAAAGGGAGCUUUGUAUCUAAGAUUUUGAGUUUUUGAGAGGUUCUAAACUCAUGGAAGUUGCUUCACGUGAAAUUUGGACUGAUUCCGUUUCUGACUGUCUGAGCUUCACUCCCCUCCUGGCAGCCUCUGGAAGGCCUGCAGGCUUCAACAUCAGCACAACUAAACCCAGCUUCUCCGCUUACCUCCCCAACACAAAUGAAUAAUACCUGGAAGCCAUGGCUACAUUACUCACCUUUCACUUCUCAAAGCACUGUUGAAGAGGAGAUUCUCUCUGCCUUGACAGUUAUGGUUUUGGUAUAAAAAUCAGUGUUGAAUGUUACCUCUGAAUUUAUUUCCUUGGAUAUGUUUCAAAAAACUUGAGUUAUCAGUGAGUACUCCUGAAGAUGAUCAGAAAUGAUGAGAUAUUUAUUAAUAUUUGGCUGUGCUUUUAACUUUGUAAAUCUGAAUGAGUGACCUCCCUCUCUGUACCUUGGUGUAAAAACAGCAUGAGGGCAACAUCUGACCUCUUAACUUCACCAGAGGGAAGGAGAAGCAGGAUCAGCAGUCCAAGACUGAUUCCUAUGAGGCUGAGGUCAGCCAUUCCUCCUUUCUCUGCCAUCUUUACCAGUUCUCACACCAACCGUCCCUCCCACAGUACUCUGUACUGUCCUCCUAGGUUCGAUAAUUCAUUGCAGUGGCCACACAGAACUCACAAUACUCAAUCUUACGGGGUUUAUUAGGGAAGUAACAGGUUAAAGUUAAGUCCAAGAACACUCAGGAUACAGUUCUUCCAUCAGGACAGUCUCUUCCCAGCCAUGCUUGCAGGCGUGCCUCUGUGGCCCUCAGCCUCUACCCUACUUGGGCAAGUGUUACAAAGCUCUUUUAGCUCUGCCAAUAAGUGCCCAGAGGCACUCUGCUACUGCUUCUUGAGCUCCCUCUCUUUAUUUCUCUGCCUCCUGGUUCCAGGAGCUUCUCAGUGCAGGGAUCCCAGGUCCAAAAGAUGUGCUUUCUGCUCCUGGCUGUUCUUCCUUAGUGGUGGUAGGAUUCUCUCUCUGCUCUGGAAUUGGCUCUCUUUUAAGGCAAAACUGACUGAUCCCCUUGGUGGGCCACAAUUCUCCUGUUUGGACAGUCCAACCGAAUCACUUGGGGGGGAAUUACAAGACAUGGCUAGAAAGGCCACACAAAAGUGAUCCAUCACACCAAACUUGGUUUCCCCAUCUAAAAUUUGAAGUAGUUGAAGAAGAUCUCAAGGUUCGACAGGAACCUUAAAUCAUCUGAUUGACUACCUACCACCUCCUCUCUCCACACAGGAUCCCUGGAUAGUCAUCCAGACUUGGGGCUAUCUCUAGAAGGAGGAAAUUGCCCAAAUGUGCACAUCCACCUUUGGAAAGCUCUGACCAAGAGCAAUGUCUUCCUUGACUUGAGGCCUGACUUGCCAAUAUGAAGAAGUCUAACUUCCUGUCUGUCUGUCCCAUGGAUCAUCUUGGCAUCACCAUCAAUCCUGAUCGCUCUCAAAAUGUGCAUUCCAGUGUGGAACGCAAGCAAGGCUCACUCACAAAGUCACGACCUGGAAGAGCAGGUCUCUCGUUUUCACUCCAGAUGCCAUUUCUAAUAAAAGCCCAACCACAUAUUUUCUUAAAAUUGUCAGCUAACAUCUUGAAGCCUUUCACAAGCAUUCCACACUGGAUGCUACCAAGUCAUGCACUUUUGAACUACACUUUUCGGGGUUUUGUCGUUCUGUCAGAACCAUAUUGGGUCUUAAUUUAGCCAACUGGCACAAUCAGUUUUGUGUCAACUAUGUAUCUGAUGAGCAUAUCAUCCAGACAGCAUUUCUCAACCGGGGUCUAGAAAAGAAUUAAGCCCUGAGGUCCUGAGUUUUCUCUGGUAGGCAGAAUACUGGCCUCCAAAGAAAUACAGGGCCUAGUCACUGGAAUCUGUGAAUGUCAGCUUAUACUGCAAAAAGAAUUUGCAGAUGUGAUUCAGUUUUUAAGAUGGGAAGCUUAAACUGGGUUAUCCUGGUGGGCCCUAAAUGUAAUCAAGAGUAUUCUUAGAAGAGAGAAAAGAAGGUGAUGGCUUUGAAGGAAGAAGGGCCCAUAAGCCAAGGAAUACAGGGGACCACGAAGCAAGGAAAUGGAUUCCUCCUUCCCAGCUUCCAGAAGGAACCAACCCUACUGACACCUCAACUUAGUCCAAUAAGAAUGAUUUCAGACUUCUGACCUCCACAAAUACAAGAAUAUAAAUUUGUGUUUUAAACCACUAAAUUUGUGGUAAUAUGUUACAGCACCAGUAGGAAACUAAUACAGUAUCGUUUGCAUGUUAUCAAUUUUUAUGCAUAUAAAUGAUACUAGUUCUGUACUGUCCUUCGAAGAAUCAAGAAAAGAGUUAUUCAAAUCAUUUGCUAUGUUCUAUUGCUCAGAUGAAGAACCCCAGUUGAGGAAGGCUGGUCUAGACCCUCACUCAAGCCCUGAAUGAAAGGGUCAAGCAGCAUGGCCACCACCCAGCCACAGCCACCCUGGUUCCUCUCCACUCCUAGGCUCCUCAUGACAGUAUUCAGUCAUCUAAAUUAGCUUUGAAAAAUGAAAAUUACCCACAUUUACCAAACUAGCAUAUUUCUGACAAAGGUACCAUAAGGAAAAAUGGGCCAAUCUCACUGGGAGUACAGAUCCAGGGAUUCCUAAAUGAAGUAAGAGCAAAUCAAUUCUAGUCAUAAGAGUAUGCAAUAACCAUGGUGUUUUUAUCCCAAGAAUGUAAGAAUAUUUCAAAGUAUGAUAAAUAUGUUCAUAAAUCACAAUAAAGCCAAAAAGGAAAAAAUUCUGAUAGACAACAAAGACAUUUGAUAAAAUCCAACAUCUCCUAGCUUUAGAAAGUUGGUAAUUUUGCAAAGAAUAAAAUAUUUUCUUAAUGUUAUUUACCAUCAUGUCAAAAGAAAACCAACAGUUGUCUUAAUAGCAAUAAACUAUUAAAACCAAGAUACCUACUUUCAACAUGUUUCUGAAAGUUGUAGCCUUUGCAACAAGGAAUGAUUUUUUUUUAAAAAAAAGGCAAUACGAGAUAAAUAUAGGCAAUGAAACAAAAUUAUCAUUUGCAAAUUAAAACAGACUUCCCAGUUUCAACUCUUGUUUCUCCCCUAAGCACAUGGCUUCCUCUGCAAUCCUUUUAAGGGUGCCUUUCUAUUCUGCAGCUCCUGUAUUGCUGGGCUUGGAGGUAGGGUAAGUGCCCUUCUUGCUUCUCAAACUGCUGCUUCUAGAUCAUUCUCCAUUAAACUCCUCCCCAGCCCCUCGUAUUUGGAAUGAAUAGCCAUCACAGAAUGGAGGUUAAGAAUAUGGCUAGGCUACUUGAGUUCAAAUCCUAGCAUUACCACUCACUAGCCAUAGGACCUUGUGCAAGUUAUUUAUCCUCUUUUCCUUCUGUGAAGGGGGGUUAAAGCAAAGGAGAAUGAAGAAAACCAAAGACACAAGUAAAAUACUAGCCUUGAGGACUAAAGGACCAUAUGAACCACAGCCUCCAUCAGACGGCACCCAGAAGAACUAGAUGGUGCCCAGCUACCACCAGUGAUUGUUUUGAUAGAGAUCACAACAGAGUCCUGGACAGAAUGAGACCUAAAUGUAGAACAGAAUUCAAAUUCACAAAAAAAGACCAGACUUACUGGUCUGACAGAAACUGGAGAAACCCCUGAGACUGUGGCCCCCGGACACUCUGCUACUCAGAACUGAAACUACUCCUGUAGCCCACUUUUCAGAAAAAGAUUAGACAUGCCUAUAAAACAAUAACACAUGUGAGGAACGUGCUUCUUAGUUCAAUCAAAUAUACGAGACCAAAUGGGCAACUCCUGCCUAAACUCAAGGUGAGAAAGCAGGAAGGGACACGAACUGGUUAAUGGAUACAGGGAACCUGGAAUGGAAAGGGGAAGUGUGCUGUCACAUUGUGGGGAUUGCAACCAGUGUCACAAAACAAUAUGUCUAUAAAUUUUUGAAUGAGAAAUUGAGCUGUAAACUUUCACCAAAAGCACAAUAAAAUUAAAAUAAAUGGUACCUAUCUUGUUAUCCU